AUGUCCAGCAUUCAAAUUCGCAUCCAAACCUUGCAAUCUCGUGUUGAAGAACUGGAAGCUACGCUGAGUAACAUGACUGUGCAAGCCCCUCGACCUAGUAUUCAACCUUCAAAAUCGUCCCCUCGUUCCUCUUUGAUUGAUCCUCAAUCUGGAGAAGUAGCCGGCUGGUUGCAAGAUAUUCUGCGGCCAACUAUGAUCGCCAACAGACGUCACUACAAUCUUUAUCUCGACAUUGAGACCCUCAGGUCACCACCCAAACCCCUGCUGCAUGCUAUGAACCUCGUAGCGUCUCACAUUCUUAGCCUUUCGGCAGACUCAGACACCCGCCCAACGCUUCAGGAGCUGGAGGAGCUCAAGUCUUUGUUGUUGAAACAAGUCCAUAGCGGCGUUCAUACAUCCCUUGAAUGUGCACGCGAUCUCAUUGCCGGAGUAGUCUGUGCGCCUGCGCUUGCCGCACAGUACUUGCUCCAAGUCGGCAAAUUCACUGAAGCCCACUGGUUAGCCAGUAGUGCUGUUAGAUUCGCGGUAUCGUGCGGGCUGCAUACUAUUGUGGGGCAUCGCUGGAAUAACGAGAGUGGUGGCAGCAGUCCAGGAAGUACAACAUCCUCCGGCUCAAGUAGCACAUUCCUGGUGCCAGCCUCCAGUUUCCGAGAGCACUAUGAUCGAUGCAUGUCCUGGUGGUUGGCGUUUUCUGCCGAUGGAAUAGUAGAGAUAGUCGCCAAAUUGCCCUCUGCUCUACGACCUGAGCUACGUGCUUGCAUCGGGGAUACAGAGUCUGGAGUAGGAAGAAAUAGAAAGGUAACUGCCUCGUUCCCACUCAGGGAAGAUGUGUAUGAAGGGAACACCCACCAACUAGAAGUGCCUAGCCCUACUAUUGGCGAGUUACUCUUAGGGGGUCACGGUGGCAUUCAAGAUUAUAGCAUGGGCUCCACAUUCGCGAUGCGCUUGAAAAGUAUGGCAUUUUUUGAAGCUACAGCAUUGCUUGAUGAGGAUUUUCGGGCCGGCCAGUCAUUUGGACCUGAUACGCGUCGGCGCAUAGACCAGAGCCUUUCAAGGUUUAUCGAAACACUUCCUGGUUUAGAGUACCACGAACCCGCUCACGCUACUGUCCCGCAUACGAAUGAUGCGCCCAUUAACCCAAACAUUAUAGUGACAUACAUGCUCGCAUACUCGGCCAAGAUCCGCUUGCAUAGUGCGUCCCCUGAAACUUGCCUAGACGUGGCUUUGUUGGUAGGACGUUUGGCCAGUGCAUUUGGUACGGUGCCACAUUUCGGUGUAGCGCCCCUCGUCGUUAGAUGUUGCUCGGACGCACUCCAUGUGAUUACCUCGGUUAUCGGUAUCCAUGAUGAACAACCCUCCGAGGCUGAUGCUCUACGCCUCUUGCUCAGUUCGCUUGGUCGCUAA